AUGGCCACCGAGGCCUCCAUCGCCCUGACCAACCGCUCCCUCCGUACCAUCCGCACAGAACUUGAAUUUCUAGCAGAUAGUUCCAUCAUCUCUCCAGAGCAGCUCUCCUCUAUCCUAGCACAACUGCCUGCUCAAACACCCCUUCAUGCUCCUUUACACACGCCUGCAAAUAUCUCAACCAACACCCCCGUUGAUCAAUUUUCAACUAUGAAUAUCAAGGAACAGUACGCUCCAGUACCGACGCCUGCUCCUCUUCCACCCCCAGCAUAUGUCCAGACUCCUCAGAUUCUCGCCAUAGCAUCCGCGCUAUACGCAUAUUCCCCAACAGAUGCCGGAGACUUGGCAUUACAACCAGGAGAUCGAGUGCAGGUGUCAGAACACAUGAACAACGACUGGUGGCGAGGUCGCAAUGAACGUACCAAUCUGGAAGGAAUUUUCCCUCGAAGUUAUGUCAAUGUUGUUGAGGAGAAACGGCCACCCAUGGUUCCUGGAACAUCCGACUAUGGCAACAUGCCCCUGCAGCUCACUCAAUCUGGGUCUGUUGUUGGUCCUGAGGGUCGCAAGUACAGCAAACUAGAAGAGCAAGGCAAGAAGUUCGGAAAGAAGAUGGGCAAUGCUGCUAUCUUUGGCGCCGGUGCCACUAUUGGCAGCAACAUUGUCAACGGAAUUUUCUAA